AUGGCCAAGCGGGGAGGAGCGCGGAGCCGCUCUCAUCCUGUCAGUUUCAGGAUGGCAGCGGCUCUGUGUGUAGCCGAGUGGAGGAACGGACCAAAGCAAUGGACUACAAUAGACUCAUGUAACGGCAAUGAACAAUCUCCGAUAAACAUUGUUACAAACAACACUCAAUAUAAUAAAGAUCUGAAGCCAUUUAAUUUUAGCGGAUAUGAUUCUAAAAAUAACUUUAAUCUAACUAACAAUGGCCAUUCAGCGGAGUUAUCUUUUGAAGGAGGUACAGAAAUUACAAUUAGUGGAGGAGGACUUGAAGGUACAUACAAAGCUGCACAGCUUCACUUUCACUGGGGUAACAGUGACAUGCUUGGAUCUGAGCACAGCAUAGAUGGAGAAAGAUAUGCAGCUGAGCUUCAUAUUGUUCACAAAAAGGACAGCAGCCGGUCAGACACUAGUGGAGGCACUACCGGGGGAAAAAGAACAAUUGCUGUGCUUGGAUUCUUUAUUGAAGAAUCAGCCAACGACAAUCCCAAGUAUAAUGGUAUAGUCCAGGCACUAAAUGACAUUACAUUAAAAGGCAAGUCUACAACUGUUUCUCAAGUGAAAUUACAAGAGCUGAUUCCAGAAGCAAAGGAUCUAAAACAUUUCUACAGAUAUGAUGGCUCUCUCACUACUCCUGGCUGUGAUGAAUCUGUCACCUGGACUGUGUUUCAUAAGAAAAUAACUCUAGGGAAAUCCCAGCUACAAGCAUUCUACACAAAACUUAACUACUCAAUGAAUGCUGUCAUGGUGGAGAACUUCAGACCUAUACAAAAACUAAAUGUCAGGACCGUCUAUACCUCUGUUUCAAACCUGGAGAUCCUGCCAAUAACAGCACUUCCUGUUGAAGGCUAA